AUGGGAAAUCACGACCUGGACACGCUCAUUGGGGGUCACCAUGCACAGCUGGAAUUCGCCAUCAACGACCCCAUCAGGAUGCUGCUCCACGAAAUCAUGGAGCAUCGUAUUCAGCGCACGCGCCAGUCGGGCCCUCAUCCGCUCUCUUCUCUCAGUAUUGGCCGCAGCAGUCAUACUGAUCAUCCAUCUCUGGUGGCCUGA